AUGUUCCAUGGUUCUGUUCUCCUAGAAGAGAACAUCGACAUCUCCACCACCGAAUCAAUCGAAGCCCUCGUGUCCCGUCGCGCUUCUAUUGUAUCUCAAUCUCCUUCCGAUAGCAUUGGUGCAGUUCGCAUUACCCCCUGCGGCGAGGGAGGCUUGCACUCCCCCAAGGAGGUAUCCGAAGAAACCGUAAAAGCUCCAUCACUGUUCUGCCUUGUCGACAAGUUCGAGCCCAGUGGUACGGGGGAGCGGACGAUACCCAAGCCAAACGAAGUCAUGGAACCUCAACCAAAGCCGAGCGUUCACCCAAGCGCCUCGAAUCCGUCGCUGAGGGCUAUUGGCAAUCGGCCAGCAUAUGUUCGCUCGACAAGCUCUCGGACUGGUGCAUCCCGUCAUUCUCUCCUGAGAUCAGAUGUCUCGCGUCAGCAGCAGGCUGAGAAGGACUCGCCAAUACCACCUGUGCUGAGUCAGGAGACCCCAUUGUCAGUAGGGAAAGAUGCCACGACAGGUCCCAACCCAACGACCGUAUUGGUUCCAUCAAGGGAAUCUUCCAGAAGAGACCUUGAUCUUCAGCGCUUAGAUCUCCAGCCAAUCGAGUCAUCCUCAGCGCCUGCUGAACUCUUCACUGACCCGAGUAUGCAUCCUAUCGGUACCCCUGCAAUGACGGACCUUCCUGGUGUGUUCCCAGUGGAGGAUGUCUCUGAGUCUGGGCUUCCAGCCGAGCGUGGUGGUCCUCGAGAGGAGACCGUGGAUAUCUCCAAGCACCUUCACGGAGACCACGAUGCCACUAGCAAGGUCCAGCCAGCCACCGAAUAUUUCUCGGAGACCGUGGAUAUUUCGAAGCACCUUCACGGAGACCACGAUGCCACUAGCAAGGUCCAACCGGCUAACGAACCUAUCUUCACGAACCGCGAUCACGAGGGCUAUCGUGGCAUCUCGAAGGUCCGCUCAGCCGCAGAGUAUAUCCUUCUCGCGGGAAAAGAGGUUCUGCACCAAAGUGCGGCUUCGGCGCAGAACAUAGCGAAAGAGAUAUACUCCGUCGAGGAGCAUUUCCGCCAUAGUCGACAUGACACGCCAAAAGUUGGAGCAUUCGUCGAGGCUCCACCUACAGAAAAAGCUGUGCUUGGGGGAAACGAGAUCAUUCACCAGAACAGCUCUUCGGCGCAGGCACCACCGAAGGAGAUAUACCUCGUGGAUGAGCAUUUCCGCCAUAGUAAUAUUGACACGCCAAAGGUCAGUCCAUUCGUUGGACAUCCAGCCAUUGAGGCGAUCGUUCAUCAGGGGAAAGAGAUAAUCCACCAAAGUGAACCUUCUGCUCAUGCAGCACCGAAGGAAGCAUACCCCAUCGAGGAGCAUCUUCGUCAUCGUCAUAUUGACACGCCAAAGGUCAAACCGUUCGUUGAACGUCCAACGGUGAAGAAAGAGAUAAUCCACCAAAGUGAACCUUCUGCUCAUGCAGCACCAAAGGAAGCAUACCCCAUCGAGGAGCAUCUCCGUCAUCGUCAUAUUGACACGCCAAAAGUUCGUCCAUUCCUGGACCGUUCGUCUGUGACAGCUUCUCAGGAGAACUCAAUCCCCCGUGUCGCUGUGCAGCGUCCGAUGGAGACCUCUCAGGACAUUGCAGAGUCUUCCACGGGAACAUCAUACUGGGAUUUCCUUCCAGCUUUCAGAAAGAAAGACAACAGGGCCGAGAAAUUCGGAGAGUCGAAUACCCAAUCACUUUCGGGCGGCGCGGUGGACCCCGUGGAAAAUGGCGGCCCUCUACCGGGUUCCAAAGGCGCAUCUUCCAACGUUUCUCGGUCCGGCACGCAGCAAUCUCUAUCUGAGAGCCAACGCUCGGGUCCGCCGAAGAACGCCGAAGUGAUCUUCAGUUCUGUGGCGAAAAUGGCUGAGUCGGAAGCAAAGGGAGAUAACCCACCUCAUGAAAUCGAAGGGUCAAGGCAGCGCUUGUCGGAUGUGAACUCGCUGGAGGCCAGAACUGUCCCUGACGAUAAGGCAGAAAACGGCAUGAGAUCGUCGAAAUCCAUUCUACCAAUCUCUCAUCCACGCCUUUCUGAAGACGAAGUCGACCAGCCAAGGCGAAUAUCGUCGCCGGAGAGGCUCGACCCUAGGCGUACUGCUACUUGGCUUCGCCAGCUGCUAGGCCAGCCGGAGCCGGGUGGCUCAAAGCUAACGAAGCUACCUGAGAAACGACAUCCGCGACAUCAAGCUCACGAAGACUAUUCCAACGAUGAAGUCACUGCAAUGGCGUCCAGGGUGACCACAUUCUCAGGAAGAGAUGCAGCCGACGCGGGCGCGAUGAGUACUGCGAUGCAUAACCUCGAGAAUCUGCUGAGCGAGGCUCUCCAGAUCGCCAACGAAGUCAGCGAGCAAGAUGAUAUUGAGUGCGGCCAUAUCGAUGACGGCGACCUCCGAUUACAGGGCAUUUCUGAAGGCGUUCCUGAAUCAUCGUAUCCAGCAAGCACCCACGAGAGUGUCCGAAGUAGCUCCUCCGAUGAUUAUGAUAGCCCAGUACUUGCUACGAUACCGCAGCACACAUUCGUCGGCUCAGUCGAGGGCUUGACGCACGGAUGUGAAGCUCUCCCCCUCAGAGCAGUCAAACGCCGAGGUCUAGCUCAGCCCGACAUGCACAAUGGCAAUGUUAGAGGGCCGGCGCUACCACGCAGGAAUUCCAGCGUCCGCGGCUCUCGAGAAUCCGGGACAAACUGCAACCCUGGCCGCGAAAUACGGCACCAUGUUGCGGAUGAUGACUACGUGUUGCCUAUGCCACCUCCAGAUCGUCAACUCAGGAGACAGAGCAUUUUCCCCCCACCUCAUGCGUACGAUGAAGACGACUUAUCAGGAACCAUCAAGCCUCGCACCGAGGUUCCCAAUAGCAGAGAAGUCAGGGAAUAUAUCCGCGUGUUCCACCAGCCGCCCAUCGCACCUCGACAAAGUUCCCGAAAUCUUCGCGAAGUCGCAGCCGUACAGGCAGAGAGUCUUGAAUCUAGUCAGACUAGCAGAUCAGCUGAGAAUCGUCGCAGAGACGUAAGCGUCUGUAGCUUAGAUGGCAGUACUACAAUAGACGAUGUAAUCGACUUCACUAUCCAAUACAGUACUGGGGGCAGGCAAAGUAAUGGCAUUUCGGGCCUCAGAGCAUCGUCCCGAGGUCACAAGGACAGCACCUCGGCUGAAAACCCUGGGCCGUCUCAUCAAAGGCACGCCGCGGGUGCGGCAACAGGAAAGCGAGGCCAUGUGGUCCGCAACAUCAGCCUUCGGAAGAAAUCUCACGUCAGCCUCAGAGACGACCAAGGCUUCAACCUUACUAAAUCCGUCAAACGCCAGCCGACCAUUGCUCGAGAUUGGUCUCCAGUUCGAAAGAGACUCGUUGCAGCUGUCGCGUGUAUCAGCACUGCAUUGAUUGGAAUACUCAUAGGCAUCUACGCCGGUCUGGUUCCCUCAGUUCAGUACUACAUCGCUGACUUCAACCAUUACGCGAUCCUUGGGAACGUCGGGAUGUACCUCGGGAUGGCCUUGUCGACAUUCUUCUGUUGGCCCUUGCCUCUCCUACACGGACGCAAGCCGUAUAUUGUCUGUAGUCUCUGUGUCGCAAUGCCCCUCCUCUUCCCUCAAGCUAUUGCAGUCAGCGCCCUACGGUCCCCAUACACCAGUGCCUGGAGAUGGGCUUUGCUUCUUCCCAGGGCCGUGAUGGGAUUUACACUGGGGUUUGCCAGCAUGAACUUCCACUCAAUAUUGACUGAUCUUUUUGGAGCGUCGCUGAUGAGCGGCAACCCGCACCAGGAGACAGUCGACCAUUGCGAUGUGAGAAGACAUGGAGGUGGACUUGGGGUGUGGCUCGGCAUCUGGACCUGGUGCUUCAUUGGCUCUUUGGGUGUGGGCUUCCUGGUUGGAGCCGUGAUCAUCGACCGUCUACCACCAAGUUGGGGAUUUUACGUCAGCAUUAUGCUCCUCGCACUUGUUCUCCUGCUGAACGUUCUCUGUCCCGAAGUCAGACGAUCGGCUUGGAGGCGGUCUGUAGCCGAGGUAAAACACGGCUCCACGAUAUCUCGACGCGUCGCCCGUGGGGAGAUCAAGAUGCAUCGCGUUCAAACCGGUCCGAAAUGGUGGGGACAAGAAAUGUUUCACGGGGCCGCGCUGUCGCUCGAGAUGCUGCGCCAACCCGGCUUCACAGUCAUAGCUGUGUACUCUGCGUGGAUCUACGCCCAGGUUGUUCUAAUCAUUGUGCUCCUCGGAUCUUUGACCUCCAGGCAUUACCGCCUGCAUUCAACUUACGUUGGUGCCGCCGUCUCGUCUGUCGCCAUCGGCGCCCUGGUCGCAGUACCGUUUCAAAAGGCCAACCUUUUCUCGAGAGCCAGGAAGAUGGGUCCUCGUACAAACAGCAUGACCUUUGUCAAGAAGGUUACCUGGACCUCUCACCUGGUCCGUCGCGCCAUUUUCACCAUAGUCCUCCCAGUGUGCGGCAUCUUGUAUACCGUGGUGUCUGCCGGACCACCUGUUCAUCUAUUCUUCCCUUGUUUCUUCGCCGCGUUGAUUGGCUUCUUGUCCUGUCUCGCAAUCGCCGAAUGCAAUGGGUUGUUGAUGGAAGCAUGGGACUGCUCUGAUCUGCAGCCAGGCAUGACUGGUCACCCCCCGUCCAGCGAUACGAACAAACGCACCAACUAUUCGUCUUUUCCUCGCGUCACUGCCGGAUUGAACACCAUACACAGCAUUGGGUUCAUCUUCGCUGCAGGUGCGACGGGAAUUGGCGGCAUAGCCACUCGAAGCCUUAGUCAGAGAGCAGCGACAGGCGUCGUAGCCUCAAUAUUGUUUCUGUUCUCCCUUCUACUCCUGGGCGUGCUGAUUCGGUUCAGAAACGUGCAAAUCGUCGCGGAUUGUAAAUGCGAGGAAAUGGACAAAUGGAAAGCAGAACGCCGCGAUUCCCAUCGCCGGCGAGCUUCGGCAAUCGCUGUUGCCAAAGCUAGCGGCCUCAAAGACCAUGCCCAUAUUCCUGAGGAUGAGGUCGGAUAG